AUGAAGACUCUACGUUUGCUCUCUUUGAGAGCACGCACAUAUCGGAGCUACUCUUCGCUUUCAGAGCGUUUGCAUGAUGAAUUGACCACAAGGAACCUCCCGUUGACUUACGACUAUCUAUACCCUCAGCCAUCACAUCUCCUAAAUUUGACGCUCCGUGAUCUCCUACCAUACUCUCCGUCCUCCGAUGAUGCCAUUCUCCCCUCAAUACAGAACCCAUCCCCAUUACCGGCCGGUCACCACUUAAUCUACUUCCCGCCGCAGGUGACCUUGUCCCAGUUACUUCCAGACUGCACAGAUACACUACAUACACCAGGCGAGCCAUUUAAUCGACGUCUCUGGGCAGGUGGGAAUCUGAGAUUCCCCGCACCUAGUCCUCCAUUGGAUGGUAGUCGUGCAGUCUGCUUAGAAUCCAUCCGCAAUGUGGUAGUCAAGGGCCGCGAAGGAGAUGAAAAAGUGAUUGUCACUAUCGAGCGUCGCAUUGGCAACGUAUCUGAGCAGGAAACAGUAGAGCAGAUCCGGGGUCGGAUAUGGGCAGAGAAUGAAGAAGAUGCAGCGGAGGCAUCGGUUAUUGAGAACCGGGACCUCAUUUUCAUGCGCCUGAAAUCUAGCGCGCAGAUCGAGGCUGACAAGGCGCAAUUUGGAAAGCCUGACAGGACUGUCAAGCGUGCGCACAUCCUACCCUCUAGGCUUGGUAAUAUGGAGAGCUGA